UGCGUUUUACCGCUGCGGUGAUCACGUGAUAAGGGCGGAAACUGACUCAUAGGCCACGCUGAAUCUCCCGCGAACGUAGCCAUUUGCUUCUUUCCUUCGUCGCAGUGACACCGAUAAAUCAUGGUCGAUACAGCGUGUGUAGUAGCAUCAUUCAAGUUGGUGUUGGUUGGAGAUGGAGGAACGGGGAAAACAACUUUUGUGAAGAGACACAUUACAGGAGAGUUUGAGAAGAAAUAUGUUGCUACUCUCGGCGUUGAGGUGCACCCACUGAUUUUCCACACUAACAGAGGAGCUGUUAGGUAUAAUGUGUGGGAUACGGCUGGACAGGAGAAGUUUGGAGGACUGAGAGAUGGCUACUACAUUCAAGCUCAGUGUGCUAUCAUCAUGUUUGACGUCACCUCAAGAGUCACUUACAAGAACGUGCCCAACUGGCAUCGUGACCUGGUCCGUGUCUGUGAGAACAUUCCCAUUGUCCUUUGCGGAAACAAAGUGGACAUCAAAGACAGAAAAGUCAAAGCCAAGAGCAUCGUGUUUCACCGCAAGAAGAACCUGCAGUACUAUGACAUUUCGGCCAAGAGUAACUACAACUUCGAGAAGCCUUUCCUGUGGCUAGCAAGGAAGUUGGUCGGCGAUCCUAAUCUGGAGUUUGUGGCAAUGCCUGCCCUCGCUCCUCCAGAGGUCCAAAUGGACCCUUGCCUUGCUCAAAAAUAUGAGGAAGAGCUUCAAGUUGCAUCACAAACAGCACUCCCCGAUGAAGAAGAUGACCUCUAACCUGUUACCUGCAGUGUCCCUCUCUCCUCCCUCAACCAUGGACAGGAAGCUGUUUGAAUUUUUGCCCCCCUUACUGUAAAAUCCCUUCUCAGAUUUUUUUAUUUUUGAUUUUUUUUGUUUUAAAACUAAGGAAAAAACUUGGUGAAAAAGUUGUUCUAAUUUCACUGUCUAAGACACACCCACCCUAGUGUUGUUGUUGGCAUGGCAACGUGCUACUCUUCAUCGUUGAGCAACCACCACUGCACUUACCCAGCUCACAUAAUGCUGUUGUAUGGUGUACUGGAAGCACUAAGUGAAGAAAAACUUUGAAUAAAAACAUUCUCAAUUUAAAA